GGUAAAAAAGAACAACAGUACAAAGUAGCAGGUUUGUCAUAGUCCACGAACAAGUAACAUGGACAAAGGGGUUUUCAAAAUUGGAAGGCACAAAACCUCUUAAGCCCUCCCUGAUUUUGGCUUUCAAAGUCAAGAAUGUUUGUCAAAGCUCGAGCUGUAUUGUUCAAAUUUGAGGGUAAUGGCUUUCUCUUUCGGUUCUCAACUGCUGCGGCAGCUGACCCGACUCCGACCCAUUUGUUGGUGAAUUACCUAAUCAACUCACUCGGUUUCUCCAAACAAGAAGCUGUUUCUGCCUCUGCUAAGGUUGGUUACUUUAUUAAUGCCUUCAACAAUCCUGAUUUAUCUGUUAAUUUCUUGAAACAGACUGGUUUUAAAGACACCCACAUCAAAAUCUUGGUUUCCAAGUACCCUAAAGUGCUAUACUAUGAUGUUGAAAAUAACCUUAAGCCCAAAUUGCACUGUCUUUCUCAACUCGGGUUAUCCCGUUCCGAUUUAGUCAAAGUCGUUUUGCGAGGUUGGAUAUAUCGUAAGAGGGGAUUAGAUACCCAUAUAAAACCCCUUUUAAAUUGUCUUAAAAAUGUAUUGGGUAGCGAUGAAAAUGUGGUUAAUGUUAUAAAGGGAAGUUCUUGGUUGAUAUGUCACAAGAGAUGUGGAACCGUGGAAGCCAAUCUGAAUUCAUUGAGGUCAUUUGGUUGCUCAAAUGAUAAGAUCAAGAAUAUUUUGAUUAAAUGUCCCAAGAUUCGUAAUGUUAAUAACAAGAGGCUCGACGAAAUGUUGCAUAGGGUGGAAAAAGAAGUUGCUGUUUCUCCUGACUCUGCAAUAUUUCCACACAUCGUUUAUGUGCUUACUUGCUCAACGGAAGCGAAUGUAGACACAAAAUUUGAAAUCUUCAAGAGUUUUGGGUGGUCUGACACUGAUAUUCUCACCAUGUUGCAAAAGCUACCUUAAUGUGUAGCUCUAUCAGAGGCACGAAUUCAAACUGCAUUGACAUUUUUGAUGAAAGAAGUUAGAUACAAGUCUAUUUACAUAGCUUUUCACCCUUACCUUUUAGCAUACAGUUUGGAGAAGAGGCUAAUACCUAGGUAUGAAAUGUGGAAACUCGUCAAUGAAAAGAAUCUGAUAAUGAAUAGGCACAAGUUUUCCACCGUUACGACAUGGCCCGAAUCAAAGUUUUUGGAGAAAUAUAUGCUGUCUGUCAAAGCUGAAUUGCCUGACUUGUAUGAUUUGUACAUCAAGAAGAUAGGAAAGUAGAAGCUUUUCAAUUGUCUUAAUUCUUUUGCCAGACAUGCAAGAGCUUACAACCUCUGCUGGUUAUCCACUACUGUUAUUUUCACCCGGGCAAUGUGGAUUGCCUUAAUCAGAAUACAAUUCCUCUUUGAGGCUUGAGCCAUCAUAAUGACAUUGUUGCAAGUUGAUUAGUUCA